AUGAAACAGAGGAGUUUGAGUUCCUUAUCAAUCCUCUGUUUUUUCCUCCUAAAUUUCGGUGGUUCUUCAGUUUCAGCACAAACAUGCAUACAAAACCGUAAGAACUUCACACCAAACGGCACAUACGACGAUAAUCGCCGUCUCAUCCUCUCUUCUCUUCCUUCCAAUACCGCUACUCAAGAUGGCUUCUACUAUGGUUCUCUCGGACAAGAGCCAAACCGUAUCUACGCUGCAGGGAUGUGCAUCCCACGAGCAGAUGCAAACGACUGUUCUGCUUGUAUCAAAGGUGCAUCUGACUGGUUAAUACAAGACUGUACUAACCAGGAAGACGCGUAUUACUGGGCUCUUGAUCCAACAAAUUGCCUUGUACGCUACGCCAACGUCUCCUUCUCAGGAUCUGCAGCUUUUUGGGAAACUACGCCGCAGUAUUUGGUCAUGUAUAAUGCAGAAAUCAACCCAAAUCUAACGGAUUUCAAGAAGAUAUGGGAAGGACUGAUACGUGGUUUGAUCUCUGCAGCUUCUGCGACAAAGAACACACCAUCAUCUAGUGAUAACCAUUACAAGGCUGGUGUUGCAGCCUUGACACCUUUCCAGAAUAUGUACGGAUUGAUGCAAUGCACGCCGGAUAUAUCUUCUGGUGACUGUGACAAUUGUCUGCGACAAAGCGUGAUUGACUACCAGACAUGCUGUGCGCAGAAGACAGGAGGCUAUGUUAUGCGGCCAAUAUGCUUUUUCCGGUGGCAGAUGUUUACAUUCUCUAAGGGCUUUGGUAACAUUACGUUGGCUCCUCCUCCAUCUCCUCCUUCUCCUUCUCGUCCUCCUCCGCUGCGACGUCAACCACCUUCUGCAGUUGACCGGGCCAAGACGACAGAAAAUAAUAGUAGAAAAUUCUCAGUGGGAUCAAUUGUAGCUCUUGCUGUUCUCGUUUUACUCGUCCUCAUCAUCAUCUUGGGGCUGCUUGCUUGGCGAUAUGAGGUAUUUUGCUGGAGGAGAAAGUCCUCUACAGAAGUUGAACUUAUUCAAAGUGAAUCACACAGAGAAGUUGAACUUAAUCAAACUGGUGUGACGGCUGUACGCAUCCGGAAAUACAGUUUCGAGACGAUCAGAACUGCAACAGAUUCAUUUUCAGAGAGCAACAAACUCGGCCGUGGUGGAUUCGGUGAAGUUUUCAAGGGUGUGUUACCUGAUGGAAAAGAAGUUGCAGUGAAGAGGUUGUUUAGAGGAUCAAGACAAGGUGAGAGAGAUUUCAAGAACGAGGUUGUUGUUGUUGCCAAACUUCAGCACAACAAUCUUGUUAAAAUCCUAGGGUUUUCAGUCAAUGGAGAUGAAAAGAUAAUCGUCUACGAGUUUGUGCCCAACAAAAGUCUCGACUUUUUCCUCUUUGACCCUGCAAAUCAAGGGCAGUUAGAUUGGACAACACGGUACAACAAAAUCAUUAGAGGGAUUCUAUAUCUUCAUCAGGAUUCACCGCUCAGAAUCAUACAUCGUGACCUCAAAACAGAUAACAUACUCUUGGAAGAUGAUAUGAACCCCAAGAUUGCCGACUUUGGGAUGGCAAGGAUCUGCGGGAUGGACCAAACUACAAUGCACACAAACCGGAUUGCUGGAACAGACGGCUACAUGCCACCAGAAUAUAGGAGCCUCGGCGAGAUCUCGGUCAAAUUUGAUGUGUAUAGCUUCGGGGUCUUAGUUCUUGAGAUUAUAUGCGGCAGGAGGGACAGGAGCUUUAACAAUUUGGGUUUGAAAUUGGUCAUAUACGCUUGGAGGUUGUGGAGAGACGGGACACCAUUAAACCUCGUGGACACAACCAUUAGAAAUAAUUAUCCGAGAGAAGAAGUGACUAGAUGCAUCCACAUUGCGCUCCUGUGUGUUCAAAAAGAACCAACAGAUCGUCCCGACAUGUGGACAGUCAUGUCGAUGCUCACUAGCAACACAUUCAGCUUACCUUUACCUAAUCCACCUGGAUUUUUCAUCCCAAAUACUACGCCCUACCAAUCUACGUUGAGGACUGAUUCCCAUUUGAUCAAUGAUGGAACUUGA